AAUAAACCCGAAGAAGAAGACGUCGAAAAGCCAGUGCAUUCUGGGAUGUGAAAUAAACACAAUGGCGGUUAAUCAACAAGCAUAUCAAGAUCUGGUAGUGACAUGUUUACUUUCAUUACUUCUGCUCCAAACAUGUCGGACUUUUGCCGAAGAGUUGAAGUGGGAUGAGAAUGGCUACGUGUUGUACUGCCCGUGCAUGGGUCGCUUUGGAAACCAGGCAGACCACUUCCUGGGAUCUCUGGCCUUUGCAAAGAUGUUGAACCGAACCCUGGCAGUCCCUCCCUGGAUAGUGUACCGCCACCACACACCCCCUUACACCAAUGCCCAUGUUCCCUACAGAGAGUUUUUCCAACUGGAGGCCUUGUCUACCUACCACCGUGUGGUCAGCUUGGAGGAGUUCAUGGAGAAGCUGGCUCCUAAACACUGGCUCUCAGGACAGAGGAAAGCCUACUGCUUUGAGACUGCUGCACAGCGGAGUGCAGACAAAAAAUCCUGCCCUAUGAAGGAUGGGAACCCAUUUGGUCCUUUCUGGGACUAUGUCGGUGUGGAAUUUGACACGUCUGUCUUGUUUGGUGGAAUUUCUUUCAGUGCCUACCACCAACCUCAGUGGAUGAAGAAGUUCCCUCCAUCUGAGCACCCUGUCCUUGCAUUGCCCGGGGCUCCUGCCCAGUUCCCAGUGACAGAGGAGCAUGUGGGCCUGCAGCGCUACGUGGUGUGGUCAGACAAGAUGGUAAAGGAGGGAGAAGACCACAUUGCCACCCUGCUCACCAGGCCGUAUGUCGGCAUUCACCUGAGGAUUGGCAUUGACUGGCAAAAUGCAUGCAAAAUGCUGAAGAGUGGUGAUACAGGGCCUCACUUCAUGGCCUCCCCUCAGUGCGUUGGCUACAACCGCCAGACAGCCUUGCCUCUCACCAUGACCAUGUGCCUCCCUGACCUGGCGGAGAUCCGCAGGGCUGUCAAGCUGUGGGUGAAGAAGACCUCUGCCCGCUCCAUCUACAUCGCCACUGACUCAGAAUCCCACAGCAGGGAUAUUGAAAAGCUCUUCAAGGGCAAGGUGAAAGUGGUGAGUCUUCAGCCAGACUCGGCGCAGAUGGACCUGUACAUCUUAGGCCGGGCUGACCACUUCAUUGGCAACUGCGUCUCGUCCUUUUCCGCGUUCGUGAAGAGAGAACGGGACGUCCACGGCCUUCCAUCCUCCUUUUUCGGCAUGGACAAGCCUGGGAAAUUAAAUCACAAAGACGAAUUCUGAGGAUGAGGGUCAGGUGGUUGUCCUCGGGGCGCUAAUGCUGGAUGACUGUCAUGAGUGAGGAGGCGAGAGAGCACGUGGAAGGACAUUUAUAUGUGACGUGAUGGUUCAUUGUGUGUCAAGGCCGGUCCCAUUUGAGGCUGGGGCUUCCUGUGUGAGAAAGGGCUUAUAAAAUAGGAUAUAGGAGGUCAGUGGUAUAAUGACACAGACACUGCUGUUGCCAGAAACACUUUAUUUUUGUCUGUUCCCUGCUUGAAAAUCCAGUAUUUGUAUGUUCCCUCUUAAGAUCACUAUACUAAAACCAGUUUUUGUUUCUAUCAGGGAAGCACACAUUUCAUGUAGCUCCUGCCAUAUUCUGUAGCGGCAACCAUGUUUUGCAAUCCAGACAUGUUAGAGGGACCUCUGGUGACCUCUGGUGACCUCUGUGAACCCUGGAAAAGACUGAUUGCAGUGUCAGCGAUCAUGUUCUCCUUCUCUUUUUCUUCCUACCUUUCCAUCCCGCCAUCUCUUUCCAGCUAACUCUUUCCUACCUGCCCUCCAUUCCAAGGAGAGCACAGUAACCGAACCUCCCAUACGUACUAAUUAUAGGAAGGAAAAAGUCUUUCCCACCUCUCAUUUUACAACCAAAAAUUUUUAGGACCAAAAAACUGAUGAAAUGUGUGGAACUGUGUCCUGAAUGUCAUGGGGAUCAUCAUAUUGUUACUUGGUGAAUGUGAACAUAAUGUUUCAGGGAGACAAAAGAGUUGAUUUGCACUGGUUGUGUCGAUUAAAUGCAGUUGGGGAUGUGUGGAAGCAGUGGAAGCAGUGGAAGCAGUGAAUGCAGUAAAAUGUUUUCUAUCAUGUUUUUCACCAAUAAAGUGAUGCUAACUCAUUUUUAAAGAA